AUGAGAUUACCAGGAUCUAAGCAAGAUGCGCCUUCUGCGGACUUCUCCAAGUCCGAGAACAAGGGACUCCAGAUGGGUCAAAACUAUGGCAACAUGGAGGCUUCCUUCUACAGCGAUUCUAUCCAAGGCAUUAACAUUGCUGCAGGGGCCUCCGUAUAUAUGGACUCGAUCAAAUCCUUCUCAGGUGAGAGGAAGAGUGUUGAAGAUAAGCUCCUCGAUGCCCUUAUUGCCGGCGAUGGCAAAGACAGAUGCGACAUCAGCCGAGCCGAGCCAGGAACGUGCGAAUGGAUCUUUAAGCACGACGCCUUUCGCGCCUGGAUUGCGACGGAUACUUCAAUACACACGCCGCUAUACAUCCAGGGGACUCCUGGAAGUGGGAAAAGCGUCUUGCUAAAUUUCAUCGCCAAGGAACUGGAGAAGUGGAUGCGCGUAAAGACACCGUCUGGAUCAUCUCCAGUCGAGAGGGCACCGCCUGUGGAGCUGGGUAUACCGGGGAAGACUAUUGCGGCUGUAUGUUUCUGCGACGAUAAGAAUGAAAAACGGCGGAAGCCGAUAUGGAUUCUGAGGACUCUCUUCUACAAAAUGAUCCAGCAGAAUCGGAAUCUGGCAAAGUAUGCACUGAACCAUUUGCAGAGCGUCGAAGAUCUUGACAAUGCAGGAUCCGAUCCAGAUGAAUUCCAUUCUCUCGAUGUCUUGCAAAAGAUUCUGGAUGAGAUAAUGCUAGAUCCGGAAGUGGAGGUUCUCUACUUCAUCAUCGAUGGCUUAGAUCAGUGCGGGCCUCAUCUACCGGCAGUUAUUCGUCUAAUCAGUGACCUUUCUACAAGAGUCAACAUAAAAGCCACUUCGCAGGGAGCAAAUUUUAGCCUGCGCUGCAUCAUCUCUGAUCGAGGGAGUAAGAUUGCCCGCGACAAAAUGCUUCCCCAGUACAGCAUCGACAUGCCGAAGGACAACAAACGUGAUAUCGAGGAGGUCACGGAAAAGAAGAUCAAAGCUAUCCAGGAGUAUCGCGAGUUCUCUGAUGCCGUUCUCAACUCCACUAUAGACUUGUUGAAAGAAAGCUCUAGAGGCAUGUUCAUGUGGCUUUCACUGGUCUUGGAGGACUUGAGCACUUGGGACGGUGUCUGGACCGAGACGAAAGUCAAAGAGAGACUACACAGCAUCCCUUCAGAUGUAGCGAUGUACUACAAAGCGAUGCUGGAACGACAGCAGCGAGAUUCUGCCACCAUAUUACGUACAUUGUUGAUGUGGGUGUACUUUGCAUGCCGGCCCCUGACGCUGCGAGAAUUGAAUGCGGUAUUGACUCUGAAAGAGGAGAAGGGAUAUACUGGUGGUGAGAGCACAGAUGAAGACAUUGGCGCAUUGCAGCGCAGCAUUGAAACCAACUGGAGUGCACUACUCCUUGUCCACGACGGCACAGUUCACUUGAGUCACCAAUCGGCGAAGGACUUCUUGUCUGAGGUCUUCAAUGACGAGGGGGAGAAAGAAUACCGAGGAUACGGAAUGUCCACGUCGGAUGCACAUCGACAAAUGGCGGCUGCUUGCUUGACGUAUCUCCAGAUUGACAACAUCCAUAAACGUGAAGUGCCCAAGCCCCCCGUGAACAGCGACGGUAUGAUAGAUGAGACGCAGCUUACGGAGGUAAGAAAGCAAUACCUUGAAGGCUAUCCCUUCUUACAGUACGGGGUCGAGUUUUUGGGUCAUCAUCUUCGAGAGAGUCAAAUCCGAGAAGAAACAGACGUCAAGGGUAUGAAAGAAUUCUUCAGCGCCGACUCGGCAGCGUUGUUGAGCUGGGUCCGCUCGUACGAUCUCUUGAAGCGAUGGACAUCCGGAAAAUAUUCGGGGUUCUCCAGCAGCACUAGUUUGCUCUUUGUGGCAGCACGACUCAAUCUUCCUUGGCUGGCCGACCGGGCAACAACCUGGAAAUCUAUUGGAUCUCUCCCUGUCGAUGUGCGUGCGCCGGACAUGUCUGGCUGGAGCGCCAUACACCUUGCUGCGGACUCAGAGGCGACGGAGAUGGUAGUGUGGCUCCUCGAGAAUAAUGCGUACGUGGACGCUGAAACCAUGGGAUACCCACAUCCGGGUCGUACGGCCCUACAUUUUGCUGCUUCCAAACGGUCCGAAGCUGGGUCCCAGAUGGUUCAAACACUGCUUAAUGGUCGUGCAAAAGCGACAGCCCAAACGAGACAAGGUGGAAAUACACCCCUUCACUAUGCCGUCGACGGUCACUCGGUUGCAACAGUGCAGGCGUUGCUGGACUUCCAUGCCGAUGCAAAUGCCACAAACAGCUCUGGCAUCACCGCUCUUCACAAAGCAGUCGCUGUUCCUGGACUGGAGGAGGUCGUGGAGGCACUGCUCAAGGGCGGUGCAGAUCCCAACAAGAAGACCAGCAUUGGUACGGUUUCCGCAGCUCGGGCAUUGACAAGUCUGAAGGCUUCUCGGGCUUUGUGGCAAACUUAUUACGAAGUCAACACCUCGCAGAGCGCGCUACAUAUUGCGGCGAAAGUGAAGGACGCAGAGCGCACUGUCGAGAUUCUCCUCAAACAAGGCGGAGCAGAUCCAAACUGUCAGGACAGCGCUGGGCGGACUCCACUCCAUGUUGCAGUGGCGUCGACUGAUGCAGAGGCCAUCACAAAGCUACUGAUCGAAUCCAAGGCCGAUGUGAACGCGCAGGACAUGGAUGGUAAGACGCCCUUGCUUGUAUUCUUGACAGUGGCGGGACUGCAAGCAAAAAAUCAGCCGUCGGAACUUGAUGGCCAGGUAUCGCGCGAACGACUUCUCGAUGUUCUGUUAUCGGCAGGAGCUGACCCGGCCCUCGAAGCGAAAGACAAAAAAUCCCCGAUCAGUUAUGCUACAGAAUCACAACUGCAGUGGGCAGUCGAAAGGUUGGCGCGAAAGCUUCAACAGAAGGGAAGUCACAAGGAUAUCUCGUCUGAAUCUGCCAGUGGCGAAAAGGAUGUGAAAAAGGGGUUUGUGGACGCUCAGGUGUCGCGAUGGAUGCCAAAGAGAUCCAAGUCAUAA